AUGAAAUCAACUAACAAAAGAAAAACAAGUAAACCCGAAAAUAAACAUCAUACCAAGAAAAAUAAGAUAAAUGAACAAAAUAUAGAUCUUUCAAAUGAUAAUUGUGAAGUUAUUGACUUGCUAGAAGAUCUUCCGAUACCAAAAAAUAAAAAAAAAUUGAAAUCAAAAGAAAACUCACCUCAAAAAGUACAGUCGGACAAAAAAAAUAAAAAGCAUCACAAUGAUAAGAAAGAGACAAAUAAACAUGAAACAACCAAAAAAACAAAAAAACAUAAGAAAAAUAUUAACAUAAAUGAUAAUAGUAAAAGUACGUCAAAUUGGUUAGAAUCAACUAUUUUACAAUCAUCAAGUGGCAAUAUUGGGACAGAAAAUAAUGAGCGUUUGAAAAAACUCAAAAAAGGUGCAAUAAUUGAAAUAACAUUAUUUAACUGGAUGGUUUUUAGUGGCCCUAUAAAAUUAAAAGCUAGUGAAGGAAUUAAUUUAAUUGCUGCAGCAAAUGCAAGUGGUAAGUCUUCUAUUGUUUGUGCAUUAGUUUUCGGGUUAGGAUAUAAUUCCAGUGUUUUAUCUAGAAAUAAAGAAUUGAUAAAUUUUAUAAAAAAAGGAGAAAAAAAAAGCUUUAUAGAAAUCAUUUUAAAAUAUGAUGAAACAAGAAAUGUGUGUGUAAAAAGAAUUAUGAAUAUAAAUGAUAAUAAAGUCGAAUCUAUUUGGCUAGUAAAUAAUAUAAAAACAAAUUUCACAAAUAUUUUAGAUAUCCAAAAAGAAUAUAAUUUAAAUUUAGACAACUUAAUCACAUUUAUGCCUCAAGAAAAUGUUAGUAAAUUUUCAAGACUAAAUCCUGAAGAGUUAUUUGAAUAUACACUUUUAGCAAUUGAUGGUAAUCUCUUAAAAACUUAUAAAGAAUUAAAUGACAUUAUAAAUACUAAACAAAUUGGAGAAAAGACGUUGAUUAUAUAUGAGCAUGAAAUUGUUGAAGAAGAAAAACAAAUGAUUAACUUAGAAGAAAAAAAAGGCAGAUUUGAUGAGUUAAAAAAUCUUAUUUAUACUGUCAAGUUAUAUAAAGUUAAAAAACAUAUGAUAAUUUUAGAAAGAAAAAGAGAAAGCUUAAAACAAUAUAAAGUAACAAUAGAUCAAUUAUCUAAAGAUAAGGAUAAACAGUUUAAAGUGGUAAGAACAUAUUUAAAGGAAAUAGAAAAAUGCCAUAGAAUUAUAAACAGAUUAUCAUUGAAAGUUAAUCAAAAAAAAAGUGAAAUAAAAGAAGCCAUUUCUAAAUAUAUCAUGUGGAAUAUAAAACUAGACGAACUUGAAGAAGGCAUUGUAAAAGAAGAAAAAAUUAUGGAAGACACUGUUAAAAAUUUGUAUAAUAAUUCACAUCAUGCUAAAGAUAUAGAUAACCAAAUUAAAAAAACAAAAAGAGAAAUAAAAGAAAUAGAAACGUAUUUUACUGAAAAAGAAAAAAGUAACAAAAGAACUAUUUUACGAGAAAGUGAAUUGCAAGAUGAAUUAAAAGACUUAUUAAAUGAAAGUAAAACAACUAUGAUGAAAAAAUAUAAUUUACAAUCAGAUAUAGAAUUAAUUACAAAUAAAAUAAAAAGAGCACGAAAUUAUGAAAAUAUUCAAGAAGAAAGAAUGUUAAAUAAUAUUGAUUUUGUUUUUAGAGAAAGAAUAAUUAAUUAUAAAAGAAACAUUAAAAAUAUUGUAAGAACACACAACUUAAUAAGUGAUGAAUUUAUAGAAGAUUUAACAACCAAAUAUGAUGUAACCAAAAUAUCAAGUCAAAAUGAACUUAAUAAUGCUAUUGUUGAUGAACUAGCUAAAAGAGAUAUUUUAUAUGGACCUAUCUGUAAAUAUAUUAAAUGCAAAAACCCUGAAUUUGAUUAUAUAUUAGAAUUUUUUUUAAAAAAAUAUUUUAAUAGUUUUCUACUAAUUAAAAAAGAAAAUCAAGAACUGCUUGAAGCAUUAUAUAAAAAUCAUAAACUUUCAGUUAUCACUAUGUCAAAAGAAACUCAUGAAUUUUGUCAUGUAACUAGUGAAAUGAAAAAAAGAGGAGUAAUAUGUUUUUUAUAUGAAUUAUUUGAAAGCCCCGAAGUAAUCAAACAUGGUCUAUCAAAUUUUUUACCACUAAAUAUAGCCUUUGUAAUAAAUGAUGAUGUAAUAAAAAAUAAAAGUACAGAUGAAAUAAACGAGUUUAAUAGUUUUAUGAUAAAAGAAUUAUCAAAACAAUUAAAAGAAGAAAUUAAUAGUUUAUUCUAUUUUUGUAGUGAUAAUGUACAUAGAUAUAAAAUAAGUUCAUAUGACAAAAAUAUCUAUAUGCAUACUUUUUCAUAUAUAAAAAAAUCAUGUAAUAUAUUAUAUAGUAUAACAAGCGAUGUAGAACGUGAUUUAGACAUUUUAUUUGAAAAAAAACAAAAAUGUAUUGAAGAAUUAACACAAGUAGAAGAAGCUAUACACGAACUUGAUAAACUCAAAAAAGUGAAAAAUGAUGAACGUAAUAAAAUAAUUUUAGAAAGAAGUGAAAUGAAUUUAAAAAAGGAAAAGCUAGUUUCACUAAAUGAGGAUUUAACAAAAUUAAAAAAUGAUUUAAAUGUUUAUUUAAAAGGAGAAGAUAUAAUAGACCAAAAAAAAAGAAGCAUAACUAAAAAUAUAACUUUAAUAAAUGCCGAAAAAAUAAAAGUAUGUGAUGAAUAUUUUACACUUUUAAAAGAACACGUAAAAUGGGAUAAAGAAUUAUUUUCAGAAUCUCGUUAUCUUAAUAGAUGGAAAAGAUAUCUUUCUGUUAUCAAAAGUAGAAAUGUAGAGAAUGAAGAAAAACUCAAAACAACAAAAAAUAUGAUUGAUGCUGAAAUGACCAACUAUACAACAUGUUUAAAUGAUAUAAAAGAAUUAGAAAAUAUUAUACAGACAAAAAAAAAUGCAUUAACAGAAAGCGAAAUCCAACUUAUUGAUGAAAUUAAUUUACCUUUAGAAGAAAUUAACAAAAAGCUCCAUGAAUGUUUUAUUCAACAAAGAAUAUUUCCUGAUAUUGAAAAAGAAGAAGAAAAAUAUAACCUUAUAGCUAUUCAAAUACAAAAGCAUAAAGAUAAUAUAGAAAAUAAAAAAAAAGACAUUGAAAAAUUAAAAAUAGAUUUACAAAAUUAUGAUAAACAAAUUGAAACUAUGAUACCUAAUUGGGCAAAUGAAGUAAAUGAAUAUAUUAUUUUUUUAAAUCACAAUUUUCAAAAAUUUAUGAAUUUUAUAAAUCCAGAUUAUGAUGGGAAAAUUGAAUUAGUUAAAAAAAAUAAUAAAUAUGAGAAAUGCCAAUUAUAUGUUAAAGUUAAAUUUAAAAAAACUUCCCCAUUUUUAUCAUUGUCUGUGUCUCAUCAAUCUGGAGGGGAAAGAUCAUUAAGUACUAUGAUAUACAUAUUAUCAAUUCAAAAAUUAACAAAAAAUGGAUUUUAUGUUCUUGAUGAAUUAAAUCAAGGUUUAGAUCAAGUAAACGAAAAAAAAAUCUUUGAAUUACUUUCAUGUUUAUCCAAUCCAACAGUAUAUGAACAACAUUUUUUACACCAAUAUAAUUACAAAUAUAUAAAUAUCGACUAUAAAUCAAAACCACAAUAUUUUAUAUUAACCCCACAAGUUAUUAGAAAUAUACCAUUCAAGGAUAUAACUGUUCAUUACCUCUUCAAUGGCUUUGGUGUGAUUGAAAAUCAGUUUGAUGAUUUACUUUAUUAA